GUCCAAGUUUGUGAAAAACUUAGCGUCUGGAAGAGUUUUGCCAGUGACGGAUUUGGGGCCGUAUAUUUUGUAGUGCCGGUGGAAAUUUUUAUCAGUUACGAGCAUAACCUCAACAACCUUCUCCGUUGGCCGCAUAACAACCUCAGGCCAACUUCCUGGGGACACACUUGGGGGACCAGUGGCUGUCCGCUCUCCAAGCAUCAGUACCCAGCACCAGUAACCAGCGUCAUUAAUCAGCACCAGUAGCCAGCCCUAGUAACCGACAUCUACAAGUACCAGAGUAAGCAAGGACAGAGAAAGUCAGUACCCUUAUAAUAUCUUUCUUUUUUUUCUUAUAUUAUACCAUAUUUUUUUAUACUCCAUAGUGUGUCUGUACCUACCAUCUUUGUACAGAUCUAGGUCUUCCCUCUACCCUCAUUUGUACACCUGGAUAUAGCUAUAACCAAGUAUUUACAGGGUGUAUAUUAAAUUGUACUUUGUUAAUUCCACGGGUAGACCUACAGAAGUAGGUAUUUGACACUAGAGGGUAUAAAUUAUUAUUCGCAUUAUUUUGGUAUAAGAUUAUAAAUAUAGUAUGGUACGGUACAUAUCUGAUUCUUGCUGAACGUGGGUAUAUUUUACUAUUCAGGGGUAGUGUAUAUUUAAUUGGCCAUAUUCCUAGGUAUUAAGUUGUAUACAUAUGUGAUAAGUUAGGGCCUUUUUAAGAUUUAACAGGACUUUAUAUUUAGUUUAUAAUUAAUAGUUGCAAUAGUCAUACAUUUUCUUAUAUUUUGUUGCAUUUCCCCCAUUUUGUUUCAUUUUAUGUUUUUCAUUGAUGUUCAAUAAAUUUUUGUAGUUAUAGGUUGUUUUAAUGCUCAGAAAUACAGGGUCACCUUCUACUAACCCAUAAUAAAUCCCUGAGAUGAGAUAGAGAGAUUAACUGAAUUUUGUAUCGUGUAUUGUGGAAUAUAUUGAUAUUCAUUUUGCUUAUUCAGUAACAUCUCUCGGUCUUUAUUUUACGUAACAAACUGGCGCUUUCUUUUCUUUUGCAAGAAAAACAACGUGGUAGAAGUUGGUCUAUGGAAUUUUUGAGUAUUUUAACACUCUGUUUUUAAUUUUUUUUCUUUUCUUUCUCUGUUAAAUAUAAUAGUUACCUGGCUUGUCACAGCAUACAACCCAUAUACCUAUGUUAAAUAUAUACGGAAGUGGUUUACAAUAUUUACUUUCCUUUUAUUUUUUAUAAUACUUUAAAACUGAUCAUUAUACCUUACCUAUAUUUUUUUUCAUACCUAUAUAGAUUGCAUAUAAAUAUUUUUACUCCUUAAAGUUAAAUUUUUGAUUUAUUGAUUUUUACUUUAGGUAUUUUAUCAUUUGAAAAGGUGCUAUACAGAUUAACAUUUACUUAAUUACAUUUUAAUUCAACAGUGUUGGUUACUGAUAACAUUUGCUUUAAAGUAAGUUUUUAUUAAAUUUUACCAUUCCAAAUUAUCAAACAUUGCUAGGUCACCUCAAUUUUUUGUCCUCAGGUAACAUUGAAUAAUUUUUGUUUGUAACAUUUUUUUCUAUUUCUUAAGUGGAAUUGGUUUCGUUCAUUCCUUAAGAGGAUAGGUUGUUUGGUUAUUUCUUUUGUGAAAUAAUUUGUAUAUAUUUUUUUUGUUUUGACUUGGGUAGGUUAAUUUAUAGAUAGGUACUUAGUAUUCAGAAGAUUUUGAUACUAAGAGUCACAAUUAGUUCUGUUAGAACAGCUAAUUGUUAGGUUAGUUUUGCACUAAGGUACAUUACUAUCUUAUAAGUAUAAGUGGUAUAACUUAGUGGGUGCUUAUACUUGUCUUUGGGAUUUUAACGUAGGUUAAGGGACGGUAUAAGCCCAAGUUUUUUUCUAGUUUAAUUUUUUUUUUGUUUAAGGUUCUCUAGUUUUGUUUUACAUAUUAGUUUAGUGACGUUAGUUUUUUUUUCCUUUGAAAGAAGAGGUCGGGUUGCACUUCUGCAAAAGUUUAGUUAAAAGGAAUACUUCGAAAUGGAACCAAACCGUCUUAUCAACGAAGAGCUGACAUAUGAGCUACGGAUUAGAGGGUUAUCGACCGGUGGGAGGGUAGAAGAGAAAAGACCACGAUUAAGAAGAGCACUUAUUGCUGAAAGAAGAGGUGAAGCUUCACCACCUACUGGUGUGACCAAUGAAGAUCCAACAAGUGAAUUGUGCAUUUGUAGAGCGAAGCUACAUGGAAUUUCGGUUGAUCUUCAGCAAUUUAAUUUUCAAAAUCGUCAAAUUGAAUUUGACAGGAUCUACUCUCGACUCUUACAUACCAACAGUAGACUUUCUCGAAUCCAAUGCAGCACUGGACUCGACAAGCACAUGCAGGAAGAACUGAAGAGGCAAGGUGUUAGAUUAGUUGGAGAACUUAAUCUUAAAUUUGAAGGCUUGGAAUUGGGAACUAGUGAAGUACAAUCAUCCAGUUCACAACAACAAACUGCUGAUUCAUUGUUUGAGAUUCCAGCUUCAAACCAAAUUGAAAGUAGAGAUGUCCUCCAACCUCGACGAGUCAUUAUUCCAACACCCCAGUCAACCAUAUCUUAUGACUUGGUAGAUGUUAGUUCUGGACCAACAGUUGACACUCUAUCGCAAAGAACUAGUGCUGAAUUGGAUAUGAUAUCCUGGGAUGGUCCCCAGUCAGUUCAUAUUAUUCCUCCACCUAAAGAAUAUGGUAGUCGAAGUGAUGUACCAGUGCACAGCAUUAUUCCAUCUACAUUCUGUGACAGAUCAGGAGAAAUUUUUGAAGAGUCACCUAUUCAUCCUAGGGACACUAAUCGUUUUGUGGGCGAACAACCUGUUUUAGAGAGUACUCAACUACAUGAGCGUGGAGAAACGACCACUAGAGAGUAUGCACGACUCGAGGAAGCCACUUCUAAUUUAAGAAUUAGUAUGGAUAGACUUCAACAAUUCUUAGCGGAUGGUAUGUCUGGAUCUCGAGAAAGGUUUCCUAGGGAUCGUAUAGUUAACUCCACAGAAGAUUUUUAUGAACCUAGGACAGAUAUAGGACAGAGUAAUGUUGAUUCUCGUACCAUUAGGGUAGCUGACUAUUCUGAAAACAGAGCAUCUGAUUUCCAUCUACAGUCGAGACGUGGUAGCCGUGUUCAUUUUGCUGACUCACAUACGGCAGUUAAUAACUCCACUAGGGUACCAGGUACGCAGUCAACUUCUUUGUUAGGUUUUAAUGAUCGGUUGAAUGGGGAUCAGUUUUCUUCAAUGCGUGAUGACUUUACUAUAUCAGGUAAUCUACAAGGAACACAAACUUCAUCUACGAACAAUACUAAUUUACAAACAAGUUUGGGUAAUUUUACAUCGUCGACAUCUACAUCAAAUAAUUGUCAAGGAACAAACUCAUAUGUGCCUAACUUAGAAAAUUUUAAUCAACCUUUACCAUCAAGCACAACUUCAUUUCAAAAUAUGCCAACUUUAUUAGCCAACAACAAUAAUUCAGGUACACAAUCCUUUAUUCCAAAUGUCGGUAACUUCACUCAAGUGCCACCUUUAGCUUCAUUUCAAGUUCCUCCUGGGAACCUUCCUUCAAAUUAUAUUGCUGUUCCUUACAUUAUUCCUCAAAGUAGUUCAAGUUGUUGUUCGCGUGGUAACGGUAUUGAUGUUAGUAGAUGGAAUGUUAAGUAUUCUGGCGAAGGUAGUGUAGAAGAUUUCCUUGAGAGGGUGGAAGAGUUGCGUAUUGCUAGGGGUGCUUCUAAAGAACAACUGUUUAGUGCUGUCCCGGAUUUGGUGACAAAUGAUGCUCUUCGCUUCUUUAGAACACGACAGUUUGCAGAUUGGGAUGAUUUUGCUAAUCAACUUCGACUUAUGUACCAGAGAUCGGACGAGGAUCGUUGGGAGGAGAUUAGGCAUAGAACGCAAGGUAGUGAAGAGAAAGUGUUAAGUUUUAUUCUGGCUAUAGAAAGCAUGUUUAGAAAAUUAUCAAGUCUUCCUUCUGAAGAAACUCGCCUCGCGAUCAUACGUCGUAAUCUUCUUCCAUAUAUCCAGUCCCAUCUUGCAAUACAGCAGAUUAAGAGUAUCGAAGAUUUACUUACGUUAAGUAGACAUGUCGAAGACACUGAAGUUAGAUUGCAAAGGUUUGCUCCCCCUCCUACAAACUAUAAAUAUCUUGUGGAUCCCGACUUAGCCUAUCACAAACCGAGCAGGACUACUGUCGCCUCUGUUCAGGAAUCAUCAAGUGGUCAUGAUUCGUCUAAUAUUGCAGUUGCUGCUGUUCAACCAGGUUCUUCUGGAAGUAGCUCCGUUGUUUGUUGGAACUGUCGAGAAACUGGUCAUAGAUUCCGGAAAUGCUCAAAGCCUAGGCGUCGAUUUUGUUUCAAGUGUGGGAGAGACAAUGUACUUUUGGCGCAAUGUGGCUGUUCAAAAAACUUGAGCACGGAGGGGAGAUAGGUCAGUCGUCCUUUCCAUUGAGUAGCUCAAUGGCCACCAUUGAUCCAGCUCAGUAUGCCGUAUUGGAUUUCAUCAUAUCUCACGCAAAAGGUGACGAGCGACCGUAUUUGAAUGUCU